AUGACACAAUGUGGACCACCUAGCUGGCCGGCUGCAUUUCGGGCCGACACUUUUUGGAUCCAGUGGAUGAGUGUCGGUGCGCGCACCAUCCAGAGGUGCUGGUGGCGCACGGGCUGCCUGCCUCUGUCGUGGUCCAUGGAGCUCACCCAUGUGCAUGACGACGAGCCGACCCCGCAUGCAUACCCCGACAUCGAGCUCGAUGAUGAUAUCGACGACGUCGGCGACCUCAUAAGCUCCCUCGGCCUCGGCAACGGCGCGAUGACCGCCGCCGAAUACGUCGCCAUCGACGAGGGCGAGCCAACGUGCGCGGAGCCGGCUGUGGAGCCGACUGCUGAUGAUGCGGAAGCGGGCCUGGUGGCGGAGCUAUGGAGGGCGCCGACCACGAUGCAGGCGGUGUAUGACGAUUCAGACCCCGUGGGCCGUGAAGCGCGGCGCACAGCACGGGCGGCCUGCGAGAUGCUCAUCGGCUACGCUCGCGCCGUGAGCGUGACCCCGCGCGACCUUUGCCACCUGUUCGACAUUCGUAAUCCUAUCAUCAUCGAGCGCAUGGAGCGGGCAAGCCCUGCGCUUAAUCUCAACACGGCCCCGCCGCCAGUGCUUUCGCCUGGCGCAACUCCGCCGCCAAGCACUCCUCGUCCGCGGGGCCGAGUGCUGCCUGGCUGGAUGACCCAGCCGUCCCGCCGUCAGCAGCUUCUGGACGGCGGGGUUGGCGCCGCGAUGGGCGGGUACGUAGAGGCGGCAGAAUGGAUGCGCCUCUGUGUUGUUUUUUGUGGAUUUGUGUUCAGGCGUCGAAGGCAUUGUUGA